AACCUUUACAAGAACACAAGUGUUGUCCUUGUAAAGGGUUUUAAAUUUGUCCAAGAGUCUGUGGUCCUCAUUGGCAGAGCAGACCAGCGAUCAUGGCCAAGGGAAAAGCCAAGAACGUGGUGAUCAAAAUGCUGAGUGCAGCGGGCACUGGCUUCUUCUACACCACGACCAAGAACCCGCGCAACGUCACCAGGAAGCUCUCUCUUCGCAAGGUACUACCACUAAUAACUAGGAGGAGAGAGGAGGAUUUCCGCUUUUAUUGACUUGUUGGUGGUGCGUUUUUCGCCGCAGUACGACCCGAUUGUCCGACAGCACGUGAUUUUUAACGAGACCAAGAUCAAGAAGGGAUAAGCGCUAGGUGUCGUCAGGACUAACAUGCGUCUAUUACGGUCGCUUUUAGAGAUUCGGGCCUGUGUGCGGGUCGCUUAAACAGCAAUACGCAUCCUCCCUUGUGACACUGUAUUCGUCUAC